ACCCUGAUAAUACUCCCACACUUGAAGGCGGUUCGCUCCGACGAACGCCGCGAGAGGGGGGAGACAUGGCGGCGGCGCUCCUGCCGGAGACCGCGCCGAGGCUACUGACGCCGGAGACCAUCCGCGCGGCGGCGAAGCAGUCCCAGGGCAUCCAGAUCGUGCCCCUCUCCCUCCGCCGCGCCAUCAAGCGGUACCUACGCGACCAGGACAGGACGCACAUGAACCGGAAGGUGCUGCUCCUCUCGGCCUCCUUCGAGCGCGCCAAGGGGACCGGCGCCGAGCUGGCCGCGGCUGCCACGCGGGGCGCGCUCCUCGACGACCCGCGCGCGCCCUCGGGCGCCGAGCAGCGGGCCGCGCGAUGGAAGGUUCGGUCUGCCUACGGGGAUAUCGGCCUUCGGUACCGCGAGGACGAGACGGUCGCCUACGUUGCCUCCCGCAUGCCCGCCAUCUACGCGGCGUGCUACCGUGUGCUCCGUGAGGUACGUCGGAGGUUGCCAGACUUUGCACCUGCCAGCGUGUUGGAUUUUGGAGCAGGGCCAAGCUCGGCACUUUGGGCAAUGAGGGCAGUGUGGCCAAAGUCAAUAGAGAGGGUUAAUUUGGUUGAGCCGUCCAAAGAGAUGCAGAGAGCAGGGAAGAACCUUCUUGAUAAUUUGAAGGGGUUACCACUUAUCCAUAGCUAUGAUAGCAUCCAAGAGUUGAACCGCAACAUCAAAAAACAUGAGCGACGGCACGAUCUCGUAAUUUCAUCUUACGCACUUGGGGAGAUUCCUUCUUUGAAUGACCGAAUAACAAUAGUGAGGCAGCUUUGGGACCUAACAAGCGAUGUUUUGGUUUUAUUAGAGCCUGGAACUCCUCAAGGAGCAAAGAUUAUAAGCCAAAUGCGCUCGUAUAUCCUUUGGAUGGAGAAGAGAAAGUGCCGCAAAAUUGAAAAAUCCACACGUGCUGCUCCAAGUGAAAUGAAGAGCAUUGUUUCUCAAGAAUCCCCAUUAAAAAAUGGUGCUUUUGUGGUUGCCCCGUGUCCCCAUGAUGGUCGGUGUCCAUUGAAGAAUACAGAUAAAUACUGCCACUUUGUUCAGAGAUUGGAGAGGACGUCAUCGCAACGUGCCUACAAGAGGUCUAAUGGUGUCCCUUUGCGUGGGUUUGAGGAUGAGAAAUUUUGCUAUGUUGCUUUAAGAAGGGGCAAGCGGCCAGAGGAAGCUUGGCCACUCGAUGGCAUGAAAUUUGAGACGCUUAAAGAACGCCAUGCCAAGAGAAACCCAGAAGAUCUCAUCAUUGACUACGAGGAACAAUUUCUAAGCGAUGGAGAUGAAGAGGUUCCUGCUGACGCUGAGGACAGUUUGGUCCCAUAUGAUUCUGAUGCACAGGAACUAAGUUUAUUCCAUGAGACCGAAGAGGAGGAAUUGGAAGAGCAACCUGUCCGUGCUGAUCUUGGAGGAGGUUGGGGACGGAUUAUAUACAGUCCUUUGCGACGAGGAAGGCAGGUGCAGAUGGAUGUAUGCCGUGCCACCAAACGGGAUGCAUCGGAAGGCGCAUUCGAGCGUAUAGUGAUCACCCAAAGCAAGAACCCUACCAUGCAUCAUCAGGCCCGGAGGUCACUUUGGGGGGAUCUUUGGCCAUUUUAAGCAGUGGAUUGUCCAGGCUUGGUGAUAACUACAUUUACAUGGGAGACCUCAAGCUCUUUAGCAACAGAUUCUCUGGCUGAAAAUGUUCAUGUGGUAUUUUUGUUUGUGUUGCCAGUGCUAUUUUUUCCCCUCCAACAAUACAUAUCUGUAACGGAUGUACUUUGGCAAACAUCAACAUCUCAGAUUCUCAAUACGGAAGGUGCGCGUGAAUUUUUAGGCUACAACUUUUUUCGAAUAAUUGUGAGGCAGAAACUUCUCUUUAUGGAGCUAUUGUGUGGCUGAACCUUUGCAGUGUACAAUUGGCAGCCCAACACCUGGUAAAGUCAUAGUAUCAGACGUAUUUUCACAAGUCUCAUAACACUCAAUUUCUUAAUUAGAAAAU